ACACAGGAGCGGCGGCCACCGAGGAAGGAGCAGCGCCAGAGCCCCGACGGCGCCCGGCUGCAUGGAGCUGGGCCGCUGAGAGCUGUCGCUACCCGACAGCCUCUGACCUCCGCGGGACCCCAGCGUCCGAGGCUCAAAGCCUGCUCAUUCUCUCCCGUCAGCCUUGGGGCGUUCUGCUCCUCUGGCCGCCCAUAGAUCCCUGGGACCCGGCGUUCGGGUCGCCAGCCAUGGAGCGGUGCAGCCGCUGCCAUCGCCUCCUCCUGCUGGUACCGCUGGUGCUGGGGUUGAGCGCGGUCCCCGCCAGGGCAGGUGCACGCCCUGUGGAUGUGCUCCGGGCCCUGAGGUUCCCCUCCCUUCCUGAUGGCGUCCAGAGGGCAAGAGGCAUCUGUCUGGCUGAUGUGGCCUACCGAGUAUCCCGACCAGCCCAGCUCAGUGCACCCACCCACCAGCUCUUCCCAGGAGGUUUUCCCAAAGAUUUCUCAUUGCUGACUGCUGUCCGGACCCACCCUGGCCUCCAGGCUCCCCUCCUGACUCUCUACAGUGCCCAGGGUGUCCAACAGCUGGGCCUGGAGCUUGGCCGACCCUUCCGCUUCCUGUAUGAGGACCAGACUGGACGGCCUCGACCCCCGGCUCAGCCAGUCUUCCGAGGCCUCAGCCUAGCAGAUGGCAAGUGGCACCGUGUGGCUGUGGCUGUGAAGGGCCAGUCUAUCACCCUCAUAGUUGACUGCAAGAAGCGAGUCACCCGGCCUCUCCCCCGAAGUGCUCGUCCACUGUUGGACACCCACGGAGUGAUUAUCUUUGGUGCCCGUAUCCUGGAUGAAGAAGUGUUUGAGGGUGAUAUCCAGGAGCUUGUCAUUGUCCCAGGGGUGCAAGCUGCUUACGAAUCCUGUGAACAGAAGGAGCUGGAGUGUGAAGGAGUAUGGAGGGAGAGACCUCAGAAACAACAGUCUCAGAGGGCCCAGAGAUCUCCAAAGCAGCAGCCAUCAAGACUUCAUAGGCCACAAAACCAGGAACCUCAGCGACAGCCCACUGAGUCUUUCUACUAUGACUACGAGACCCACUAUUAUGAUGUGAGGACUGCAGGGACGACCCCUAAUUAUCAGGACCCCUCCCCAGGUGAAGAGGAAGGAAUCCUGGAAUCAAGCCCCUUGCCACCCCCUGAGGAGGAGCAGACAGAUCUCCAGGUCCCCUCCACAGCCGACAGGUUCCUGACAGAGGAAUAUGGGGAGGGUGGCACAGACCCCCCAUCAGGGCCCUACGAUUACACCUAUGGCUAUGGGGACGAUUAUCGUGAGGAGACGGAGCUUGGCCCUGCCCUGUCUGCGGAGACAGCCCCCUCGGGAGCCGCUGCCCGUGGACCCCGGGGGCUGAAGGGAGAGAAGGGGGAGCCUGCGGUGCUGGAACCUGGUAUGCUAGUGGAGGGGCCUCCUGGCCCAGAAGGCCCUGCGGGGUUGAUUGGUCCCCCUGGCAUCCAGGGCAACCCAGGCCCAGUUGGAGACCCUGGCGAGAGGGGUCCCCCUGGCCGAGCAGGGCUCCCUGGAUCGGAUGGGGCCCCUGGCCCUCCUGGCACAUCUCUCAUGCUCCCAUUCCGGUUUGGCAGUGGUGGGGGUGACAAGGGCCCUGUGGUGGCAGCCCAAGAGGCUCAGGCCCAGGCAAUUCUGCAGCAGGCACGUCUGGCGCUCCGGGGACCCCCUGGCCCCAUGGGAUACACAGGCCGCCCUGGACCCUUGGGACAACCUGGGAGCCCUGGCCUGAAGGGAGAAUUGGGAGACCUAGGACCUCAGGGCCCCAGAGGACCUCAAGGCCUCACAGGCCCUCCUGGCAAGGCUGGGCGAAGGGGCCGAGCGGGUGCUGAUGGAGCCCGAGGGAUGCCUGGAGAACCUGGAGUGAAGGGUGACCGAGGUUUUGAUGGACUCCCAGGGCUACCUGGGGAGAAGGGACACCGGGGUGAUACUGGUGCCCAGGGCCUUCCUGGCCCCCCUGGUGAGGAUGGAGAGCGGGGAGAUGAUGGGGAGAUUGGGCCUCGAGGACUGCCUGGAGAGUCGGGACCUCGAGGUCUCCUUGGCCCCAAAGGCCCACCUGGUAUUCCUGGACCCCCGGGAGUCCGAGGCAUGGAUGGUCCCCAUGGUCCCAAAGGGAGCUUGGGACCCCAGGGAGAGCCAGGACCUCCUGGACAACAGGGCACUCCUGGAACCCAGGGUCUCCCCGGGCCCCAGGGUGCCAUUGGGCCUCAUGGAGAGAAGGGUCCUCGAGGGAAACCAGGGCUCCCUGGCAUGCCUGGCUCAGAUGGACCGCCGGGUCACCCAGGAAAGGAAGGUCCUCCUGGAACUAAAGGAAACCAGGGUCCAUCUGGACCUCAGGGUCCUCUAGGAUACCCGGGACCUCGAGGUGUCAAGGGUGUGGAUGGAAUUCGUGGUCUGAAGGGUCAUAAGGGUGAAAAGGGCGAGGAUGGCUUUCCUGGGUUCAAAGGGGACAUGGGCGUGAAAGGUGACAGGGGAGAGGUUGGAGUUCCUGGUUCCAGGGGAGAAGACGGUCCCGAGGGGCCGAAGGGACGCACUGGACCCACUGGAGACCCUGGCCCCCCUGGGCUCAUGGGUGAAAAGGGCAAGCUGGGUGUUCCUGGUCUGCCUGGCUACCCUGGACGCCAGGGUCCCAAGGGGUCCCUGGGAUUUCCUGGUUUUCCUGGUGCCAGUGGAGAGAAGGGAGCCCGGGGCCUGUCGGGGAAGUCAGGGCCUCGGGGAGAGCGGGGCCCCACGGGUCCCCGGGGUCAGCGGGGACCCCGAGGUGCCACUGGGAAGUCUGGCGCUAAGGGAACAUCAGGUGGUGAUGGCCCCCAUGGGCCCCCCGGAGAAAGGGGUCUCCCUGGACCUCAAGGCCCCAAUGGAUUUCCUGGCCCCAAAGGACCUCCGGGUCCCCCUGGGAAGGACGGGCUGCCAGGACACCCAGGCCAGAGAGGAGAAGUGGGUUUCCAAGGGAAGACUGGCCCCCCUGGCCCUCCAGGGGUGGUGGGACCUCAGGGAGCAGCAGGAGAAACCGGGCCCAUGGGGGAGAGAGGUCACCCCGGCCCCCCAGGUCCCCCGGGAGAGCAGGGACUGACUGGAACAGCUGGAAAAGAAGGAACGAAGGGUGACCCUGGUCCCCCAGGGGCUCCAGGGAAGGAUGGACCUGCUGGUCUGAGGGGCUUCCCAGGGGAGAGAGGCCUCCCCGGCACUGCCGGUGGAUCCGGUUUGAAGGGAAACGAAGGUCCGGCCGGUCCCCCUGGCCCUGCAGGCUCCCCUGGGGAGCGAGGUGCCGCAGGAUCUGGGGGACCCAUUGGCCCCCCGGGGCGCCCAGGCCCACAGGGUCCCCCUGGAGCCGCAGGAGAGAAAGGUGUCCCGGGUGAGAAGGGCCCCGUUGGUCCAACUGGCCGAGAUGGGGUACAGGGUCCUGUGGGUCUCCCUGGUCCUGCUGGACCCCCGGGUGUGGCAGGAGAGGAUGGAGACAAGGGUGAGGUGGGAGACCCCGGACAGAAGGGCACUAAAGGGAAUAAAGGUGAACAUGGCCCUCCUGGACCCCCUGGACCCCUUGGUCCUGUGGGGCAACCUGGAGCAGCGGGAGCAGAUGGGGAGCCCGGAGUUCGGGGACCCCAGGGACACUUUGGAGUCAAAGGUGAUGAAGGAACGAGAGGAUUCAAUGGGCCCCCAGGUCCCAUUGGCCUACAGGGUUUGCCAGGCCCCUCGGGUGAGAAAGGAGAAACAGGAGAUGUGGGCCCUAUGGGACCACCUGGCCCCCCAGGACCUAGAGGCCCAGCUGGACCCAAUGGAGCUGAUGGUCCGCAAGGUCCCCCGGGAGGUGUUGGGAACCUGGGUCCCCCUGGAGAGAAGGGGGAGCCAGGAGAGUCAGGAGCUCCAGGGGUCCAGGGCGAGCCAGGUGUCAAAGGCCCACGCGGGGAGCGUGGGGAGAAAGGAGAGUCGGGGCAGCCAGGAGAGGCAGGACCACCAGGGCCUAAAGGCCCCGCCGGUGAUGAUGGCCCCAAAGGGAACCCUGGUCCUGUUGGUUUUCCUGGUGAUCCUGGCCCUCCUGGAGAAGGUGGCCCUCGGGGCCAGGAUGGUGUGAAGGGUGACCGAGGAGAGGAUGGCGAGCCAGGACAGUCUGGAUCCCCUGGUCCCACUGGGGAGAAUGGACCUCCUGGACCACUUGGAAAGCGGGGUCCUGCUGGCUUGCCUGGUCCUGAGGGGCGGCAAGGAGAGAAGGGAGCCAAGGGGGAUCCUGGUGCUGUGGGUGCCCCAGGGAAGACAGGUCCCAUGGGUCCAGCAGGCCCAGCAGGGAAACCUGGUCCUGAUGGUCUAAGGGGACUCCCAGGCUCAGUGGGUCAGCAAGGCCGUCCUGGGGCCACAGGCCAGGCGGGGCCUCCAGGUCCUGUGGGGCCCCCGGGGCUUCCUGGCCUUCGAGGUGAUGUUGGAGCCAAGGGCGAGAAGGGUCACCCAGGUCUCAUCGGACUGAUCGGGCCCCCUGGGGAGCAGGGAGAGAAGGGUGAUCGGGGACUUCCUGGCCCUCAGGGCUCUGCUGGACAGAAGGGAGAGACGGGUAUCCCGGGAGCAUCUGGUCCUAUUGGUCCUGGAGGGCCUCCUGGCCUCCCUGGACCUGCUGGCCCCAAAGGAGCCAAAGGAGCCACAGGCCCAGCUGGACCCAAGGGAGAGAAGGGCGUCCAGGGUCCUCCAGGAUACCCGGGCCCCCCGGGCGAGGUGAUCCAGCCCCUGCCCAUCCAGAUGCCCAAGAAGACUCGGCGCUCGGUGGACGGAAGCCGCCUUAUGCAGGAGGAUGAGGCCAUACCGACUGGGGGGGCUCCGGGCAGUGCUGGGGGGCUGGAGGAGAUCUUUGGCUCUCUUGACUCCCUGCGGGAGGAGAUUGAGCAGCUGAGGCAGCCGACAGGGAGCCAGGACAGCCCCGCUCGCACCUGCCAGGACCUGAAGCUCUGCCACCCGGAGCUGCCUGACGGAGAGUACUGGGUCGACCCCAACCAGGGCUGUGCUCGGGAUGCCUUCCGGGUUUUCUGCAACUUUACAGCGGGGGGGGAAACAUGUGUGACCCCCAGGGAUGACGUCACGCAAUUCUCUUACGUGGACUCAGAAGGCUCCCCGGUCGGUGUGGUCCAGCUCACCUUCCUGCGGCUGCUCAGCGUCUCAGCCCACCAAGAUGUCUCGUACCCCUGCUCUGGGGUGGCCCAAGAUGGUCCCCUGAAGCUCCGGGGGGCCAAUGAGGAUGAGCUGAGCCUGGAGACCAGCCCCUAUGUCAAGGAAUUCAGAGACGACUGUCAGACACAGCAAGGCCGGAUGGUGCUGGAGGUGCGGACACCUGUGGUGGAGCAGCUCCCAGUGCUGGACGCCUCCUUCUCAGACCUGGGGGCCCCCCCUCGGCGGGGAGGGCUGCUGCUGGGGCCCGCCUGCUUCAUGGGCUAGGACCUUCUCUGUCUGACCCUGUCCGCUGAAACCAGGCCCACCUGGAAUCCCACAGCAUCAGCUCUGUGCCAUCUCCUGAGAGGGCUCCUCACCAUCUAGGGGGCUCUGGGCCAGGGCGCCGAGAGCCCCCAGUCAGGGGCAGACCAGGGGAGGGGUGAAGCGCACGUGUCGGGCGCCCCAGGGGAGGGGUGGCAUCUGGGGCUCUUGGCCCUCCCACCUGGAGCCUGUGACCUGUUAGACAGCCGGGACCCUUAUUUAAAACUCACCUCCCAAUCACCCCCAAACAAGUGGAAGAGAAGAGAAAGGACACUGUGUAUUUUGUAUUUAAAAGUAAUUAUAUUAAUUAUUUAAAGAGUGGAGAACAAAAGAACAAAAAAAGAUAAAGAGAGAAAUGCCAACAAAAAUCAGCAGACUUCAGAGACAGGGCUCCCCAGGGGUGAGCCCCGGCACCCUCCUCCUUGCCUCAGGGCUUUCCUCAGUGACUGUGGGGGGACGUUUUCAGGCCAAACCCCACCUCCCUCACAGCCCGCCUGCAGCACCCACUGUGAAUGUUGGAAUAUAUGGUCUCCUUUGCCUCAGGGUCUGACUCUCUCUGCCCAGGGUGGGGCUUUCUCCGCUCCACCUCCCGGGUGUUUGGCUCCCUGACCCACACACUGGCUGUCUCUCACUUGGUCUGGGGCUUGCAGGACCUGCCUGUGACUUGGGGAGCAGGUCGCACCCCCCAGGGGGAACUGGAAGGGUGAGGGGUGAGAGCAGGACCUGUAUUCAGUACUGUUGAAAUACGGAAAUUCAUCCUUAUGAGCUUGUCAAUCCCAUGGCUCUGAGCCCCUGAGUAUCCCACUGCCAUCCUGGCCACCCUGGUCCCACCCCUGAGCACCCCCACACCUUCCCUGAUCCUGCUAUGGAAGAGUUAAUGUGUGGCAUCUGGAUGGAAGGGACUCCCAGGACCUUGUCUAGCCCUAUGACCAGUGUCCGUUCUGACUGAUGGUUAAAUAAUGUGAUCACCUCCUCCCGGGGCACACAUGUGUGGUGCUUGUGUUGUUAUUUCAACCCCGGACCAACCUGUACCCCUCUUUGCCAGCUGAGGCUUUACCAGAAAUGGAAGGCUUAAUCCCUUUCCCCAGGGGGCCUGUCCUUUUGUGGUAUCAGGGCCCAGAAAAAGUUCAUAAAACCUGGCUGACAAGUCCAGACUCACCAACUGAUCUCCCAGUGACAUCAGGUGGAGCGCCAGGGCUCUGUCUGACACGGAUGCUGGAUUGUUUCUGGGUGAGGGUGUGCCUGUCUUCCUUGUGUCCAGGUCAAACAUGGCCUUCCUGCACCCCGGGCCCCAUCUUUAGGGACCUCGGGGCUGGAAGGGGGCCUUACAUGGUCUAGUCCAAACUCUUGGCAAAUGAGGAGACUGAGACCCAUAUCCAAGACAAUGUUUCUUGCCCCUGUGCCUCUGGUCACCUCAUCCUUCCCCUUCAGGUGUGCCGUGGUCCUGGCAGCAGGUGUGGUCGAAGGCCACCCACACCUGCGCAUAUUACCGGCUAUGCCCUUCCAGGCUUCUCUCUGUGUCAAGUGCACAGUCCUUGGCCCGUCGUGUGCUGAUCUGCCCCCACGUACUCCUUCCUCAGCGGCCCCUCUCAGGGCUUGUUCAGUAGCUCUGUGCCCUCUGAGUCUGGGUAGGGCCCUUCUGUUCAGGGCAGCCGCUCAGCCAGGCAUCCCUAGCUGGCUUCCCCGCCUCUCCUGGGGUUUCCGAUCCUUACACAGCGUUUCCUGGCUCCCUCCCCUCCCGCCAGUAGAAUAAAACUUACUCCGGGGCCUCUUCCCAAUCCUCGCUGGAGCUCGCUUGGGCCCAUGUGUGCUUGCCGGCGGCCUCAACCCGCGCCCCCAGGUGGGCCCGGGAGGGACCCCGAGUCCCAGGAGGCCGCACCCCGCCCCUCCUGCUGGAUCCCCGACCGCACAGCCUUGAUCGUCCCCGUCCUGAGGAGAGAACUCCUUUCUCUGAAACCCUAGAGUGGUGGAGCAAGCUCACUGUCGAUCCAAGGAAGCUCUCUUAUGGGGUCUAGAAGCCCAGCCUGGCAUCGACUGUGGGCAGGAAAACCGUUUGCAGGUGAAAACAACAACAAAAACAACCCCCCCAAAACAAACAAAAAAACCUUCUCCACGCAUCUCCGCCUCUGCUGCCCCCUGGUGCCGGAGCCAAGACCUCGGCCCGCCAAAGGGCCGGUGGAGUAAAACGUCCCUAACACGCUGCCCCUUCCUUUGUCACCCACGGAACUCCCACUUUCCCAACCCAAGAGGAGGCUGAAUGGAGGGGAAGCCCCCUGAUCUCGUCUUUUCGGGGUCAGGCGGUGGAUGGGUUUUUGGGAUCACUGACACCCUCGGUCUCAGUCUCCAAGUCCCAAAGGCUUCGCGCAACCCCCUCCCUUUCCUCCUGGGCCUCAGCUCAAGGGAAGAUCAGAUCUAAAUAGAUCCUUGCCCACACCCAUUCCCAGCCAGGCUGGGCCAGAGCUGGGCUUUUCCGGGCUCUCUCUGCAAUUGGAGCCAAACCCACAGAGGUUGCCCUCAGAGCACAAAGGGGAGUGUCCCCAAAGGUCCCUUUUGGUCAGAUGCUCUGAGCUCAGAGGGCUUUUCAUCAUGAAGCAAUGCCAUACAUUCACUCAGAUAACAUUUAUACAUGGCAGUUGGGUCCCAGGCCAAUCCACAAAAGCCUAUUUAGCUAGAAGGCCAACCAACCCCAGACAACAGUUUUACGAGCGAUUCUGUGCCAAGUUGCAGCGGAGAAUGUCAGAACCACAGCCGUCUCCUUGCAGCGGGACUUUUGCCUCCCGUGGGACAAACGAGAGCCUGGCUCUAAGGACAGAUGGGAGGAUCUGAAGGGCAGAGGUGGGAGUUUUGGGAUGGCGCUGGGUGUGGGUAGCGCAGGGGCAUGUGGGUGCUGGUAGCAGCUCCAAGGGCUGUGGGCGGUGGAGGCUUCUGGAUGGGGCGGGGAGUCUGUAAAGAGGAGAGAGGCAGAGACUUUGGGGAGCUACUUUGGGUUUGAUUGGGUCAGAACACAAACUUGCGGGAAGGGCUGGGUUCUGAAACUCCUGACUGCCUCUCAAACAAGUUUAACUUGAACCCAGUAAGGAGGAGGGAGUCACUGAUGAUGUUUGGAAAGAUAAGUGAUAUGACAGAUGUGUGCAUUAGCAAGACCCCACCCAGGUUGGAUGAGGCUGUGAAGGGCCUGGACACAGGCCCACAGCCAAACUACCUCAGGGAGGUAGUGAGAUUUUGCGCGAAGGCUGUGGGGAUGGGUGCUCUAGCCCUUCACACUCUUGGAGCUGCUUCUUAGCCUCGCGCUGAGAUUUUUGGCAUCGUAACUUAUGGUCAAAAAACAGCUUGUAAAAUUCGGACCGCUUGGAUUUCUGUACCUGGGAGCACUACAUAUCCCAGAAGGCCUCAAGAUCCUUGGCUGUGUUGCAUGUUGGGAUUUGUAGUUUCUGUAUGGAUCAGGGUAGGUCGGGGUAGAGACCGACAGGGAAGGGAGUGGGUCAAGAUGAGGCUGUAGUUGCCUCAGAAAAAAGUGCCUGUGCAGUAGGCGGUGGUGACCCAGUUUUGUGGGUAUGUAGCCCCUAUUCCUUCAAGUUUGGUGUGGUCAGCAGAGAGUGUUAGGGCCAUAUCCUAACAGGCCAUGGUAACGUUUCCCAACUCAAACCUGUGCAGGUGAGCAGAAAUCACCCCUGGGUGCUUGCCAUCGGCUUCCUUUUACUUUUUUAUUUUUCUCACCUUCAGGGUAGUUUCAUGGGAACCGGCACUACCGGCUGACUGCCUUCUCAGUUGGGAAGACCUGUCCCACUGGUCCCUGAACGAGGACCAGGGACAUCUAUAAGGGCACCUCCUUUAGGGUUACCCUCAAGCAGCCAAGAUGGUAGAAUAAGCCGCAGUGAGAGCCAGCCCACCACACUGCCUUCCCUCAGGUAACAGGGGCAUGACAAUCCACUGGUUAAUUUGCUCUGCCUUCUCUUUCUAGUAGUAACAUCUUUUUAAAAGACUUUAUUUUUUUAUUUGAGAAAGAGAGAGAGUGCAAGAGAGCACGAGAGAGAGAGAGAGAGAGAGAGAGAGAGUGAGCCAGCACGAGCAGGAGGGAAGGGGCAGAGGGAGACGGAGAAGCAGAUUCCCUGAUGAGCCAGGAGCCCUACGCAGGGCUCGAUCCCAGGACCCUGGGAUCAUGACCUGAGCCGAAGGCAGACGCCCAACUGACUAAGCCACCCAGGCGCCCCUCUAUUAGUUACAUCUUACUUCCAGGUGGAAGGCCUUUUGAAUAGGUACGUGGUUUUCUAAAGCAUAACAGAUAAAAGCGACACUGGAUACUAUGGCAGCUGGUGUAAAGGUCACGUUCCAGGUCUUGCCACUUCACCUCUACAGGGCUGGGUGGUGGUGACGCAUUCCUGUGUUAUGUUCAUGUCUCCCCUCGGUCUGGGCCGUAUUGAUGGGUCACACAGUGGGCCAGUUCUUCCCACUAACUCAGGUACACCUAUGCUAUUAGUGCUGGUAGAGAUUUCUUCUAACUCUGCAACUUUCCACCACCUGCAUUUUUAACACCUUAAUAUUUUCCCUACCUUUCAGAAUUGAAAAUCUAUAGAAAUAAACAAAUAAAAAUUAAAAACUAGGAAACGUGUUUCAGAGAUAUUCAGGUUAGGGAGAAGACGGGAAAUAGCACCCCAUUUGAUUGGAGCCCUGGUGGCAGAGGACAUCAGACAAAAAAGUCUGCUGUGGCAGCUGGUCUAGGCCGGGUAGGGUUGAGCAGACUCAGGGCGGAGGAGGGUACUGACCGAUGCUAGCUGGCAGAUCUCUCUGCAUUGCUAACCAAGGCUUCUCCUGCAUGUAACUUGCCAGUGGUGUUUUGCUUCUGGUGGGGCUACUUUUUUACUAUGAGCAUCAGUUUUCUCCUAUGCAAAAUGGGAGAGCACUUGCUCUAUCAAGGAAUAAUCCUCCUGUUAGUGACAACCUUUGCACUGGAAAGAGAAGGGAGGGGAACUGGCCACACUGCCCUGGUUAAAUCUCCUUGCCUUGAUCACUGCUGACACACUGGGUCUGGGGCACACUGCUCCCCUUUCAACUUCUGAUCUUAGUGCUGUCAAGACUCUGUACGUCUAAAGUUUCUUUUCUUUUCUAUUCUUUCUUUAUUCAAUUUUUUAAAAAGAGGUUUUAUUUAUUUAUUUUUGCAAGAGAGAGCAUGAGUGGGGUAGGGGGAGAGGGGCAGAGGGAGAAGCAGACUUCUCACUGAGGAGAGAGCGCGAUGUGGGGACUUGAUCCCAGGACCCUGGGAUCACGACCUGAGCCGAAGGCAGACGCUUAAAUGACUGAGCCACCCAGGCGCCCAUCUAUUCUUUUUUUAAAUUUAUUUUAAAUAGGUUCCACACCCCAUGUGGGGCUUGAACUCGUGACCCUGAGGUCAAGAGUCACAUGCUCUACAGACUGAGCCAGCCAGGCGCCCCUAAAGUUUCUUUUUGUUACAAACAUAAAAUCUGACUCAGAACAGCUUAAGCCCCAAAGGAAACUUAUGAUAAAAAUGUCAGGGUACUCAGGAUUUGAAGGAAGGGUUGACUUCAUAGGGAAGAGCAAGGACAGUUAUGAGACCUCACGGGUUCAUAGACUUUGUCCCUGAGUGUGGCCACAAACACUGCUCCAUCAGUCCACUUUCAACCUCUGUGUGUCUGGGCUCUGUGGUUCAGGUUCCUGGAGCUCCAGUCCUGGUGAGCUGUCCCCCUGAGAACCAACUUUCUACGUCUGGUGGCCCAGUGUGACGACAGAUAAUUUAUAUGAAGCCCUAGGGGGGUGUAAGGGAGGUGUUGGGGGCACUCUUCCCGCAUAAGGUGGGAUAAUGGAGAAGACACCCCAAGAGGUGCUUGCUAUCUUUGCCUCUAUGCAGACCCCGUUCUGUAAGUUUGAUCAGCAUGAUCCAACCAGCCCGUCAUGACCAUAUUGGCACUCCCUGACUCACCCUCUCCCCAAGGGCCAACCAAAGUCACUUUCAGCGGUUGUAGCCACGAUGUCAUGAGCUAUCUAAUCCCAGAGUCCAGCAUCUCUGUUGUUUGUAUUUUGCUGCUUUUCUCUUCAGCACAUAAACAUCCAUGACCAUGAUACCCAGGGCUGCAUUAUGACUUCUACAAGCCCUACGCACAUUUGCCUUUCUGGACCUUUUCCUCAAAAAAAAUUCAGAACUGUAUUUUAUGACUGUGUUGUUAUACAGAUAAAUAUAUUCAUAUUAUAUAUUUAUAUAUUAAGAUAUUUUCUUCAAUCUAAGAGUUCAUUUUCUAUUUUAAAAAGAAAUGUAAACAUUUUCAUGAACCCCCAAAAGGACUGUGGACCCUACGCCCUGUGUCUAUUGUGCCAAAUGGAUAAGUGGACUCUCACUGUGUCUUCAUUGAAGAUUUUAUGCUUUGUUAAUAAAAAAAGAUCCCUCUUCCUGUUUACUGAAUUUUAUCUUGAUCAGGAUAUUUUGUCUAAUGUUAAAAAACCCUGCUUUUUCUCAUUUGCUUUAUCUGGUUUCUAUGGGAUGCCUAUCAUCUAUUUUUAGAACUUUCUUUAAUGGAGAAUUUCAAAUACACGAACUAGAGAGAAUGGUAAAAUGAAUCUUCUGCUAUCCAUCAGCCAUGAGUUGAUAAAAAUUUUCAAC